CUGACAGCUCCGGGGAAUGACAGACAGUGCCCUGGAAGGAGCCCCGCUCUUAAAGUGAAGGGCUCUCAGACAGAGCUGAUGGUCCCGUUUGCCGGCAGAUUUCUCCCUUUGGGCCUUCCUGCACAAGUGGAAGGCCUCACACGCCCGGCCGGGAGCGCGCUAGCAGCGAGCAGUCCAUCACAGCCCAGCUCAUCUGAGCUUCCCGGCCUCCGGCCCUACCGGCCGGGCUGGAGUGCACUGACCCGCGGACCCGAGAGAAGUUAGACUGAGUGGCAGUGGUACUCAAGAACUUCCUGUUGGGUUGAGAACAGAGGACACGAUCUGACAUCUUCCUUUCCUUGUGAAGCUUUCGAAGGACUGAAGAAGGCUCUGGGAGGACCAUAGCCGCUCUGGACCUGAGCUGGGCUGCAAUUCCUGACAAGUCGAGGGCAGAUCAAGUGCUAAGUGCAAUCGAGGUGUUUCCUUUGUUGGAGAGGGGGAAUGAUGGCGCGGCCCAGAAGGCUUCCUUGGGACGGUCUGUCAGUAAUCACCUUGCUGCUGCUGCUGCUCCUCGCUGGGGGCUCCGGGGCCCAAAAGGAUUGCACCGGGGUGGAGUGUAAGCCGUUGGAGAAUUGCAUUGAGGAGGUGCUCGAGCCCGGCGAGUGCUGCGCCUCCUGCCUGCAGCACGGCUGCACCUGCGAGGGUUAUCAGUACUACGACUGCGUCAACGUCGGUUUCAUGAACGGCAAAGUGCCCGAGGGACAGUCUUAUUUCGUGGACUUCGGAAGUACCGAGUGCUCUUGCCCCAAAGGCGGUGGAAAGAUCAGCUGCCAGUUCAUGCUUUGCCCGGAUCUGCCCCCGAACUGUAUCGACGCCGUCAUCCCCACGGACGGCUGCCCUCAGUGUGGACGCAUCGGCUGCUUGCACGAGGGGGAGAAGUACGUGGCGGGCCACACCGUGCGCAUGCCCCACUGCAAAGUCUGCCACUGCCCAAACUCUGGCGGCGAGCUCAUUUGCUACCAGCUCCCAGGCUGUGAUGCUUCUGCCUUCCACUCUCCUAGCAACCUCUCGGACCACGAGGAGAACGAUCCUGAGAGACACUACGAUGACCCUUAUAGCUACGACCAGGAGGCUUCGGAAGGAGACGUAGCCCAGGUGGAGUCUCCAACCAAAGGAUGGGCUGUUCCUGGAGCUCAGCCCGCCGGGAACCUCGGCAGCCUAGAGCGGCUGGAGCAGCAGAGUGAGGAUACAAACAUGAUUGCUACCCACAACACAACCAUUGCCGGAUUCGCCCAGCUCGUCUCCCCUACCAAGCAGGCAGCUGCCGUGGUCAUGGACGCCAAAGUCCCCAGCCCCUCGAGAACCAGGAGUGUGAUGGAACAGAAAGAGAAAGGAGUCGUAGAGGAAGAAGAGGAGGAAGAGGAAGAAGAAGAGGGAGAAGAUGGUGGCUACAUAGAUCCCUCCACGGCACUUGAGGUGAAUGAAAGAGCUGGAAAAGCUGGAAGCAUUACUGAGAAGUCAGAGGAGGGACAGACCUCGAACAAUGCUGUAGAAUCUGAGGACAGAGCCCAGGAGAGAGACCAAGAAAGAGACAGGGCAGAACCUGAAGGAAACAUCAUUCCCGAUGCUCAGUCAAACCCCAGAGACAGGGGGAGAGAUGGCGAAAGGAGCCCUGGUAUUGGAUUCCAAGAGGUGAUGCCCACAGAACGAAGUGUGCCCCAACCAGCUCAAGGGGGUCAGGUGGAAAAGACCAUCCCCAAGGUGAAGUUUACUCCAAGCACACUUCCUCCUGUUGCUCUCCAAGAGGAUCCAACUGAGGAGACCCCCAAACAGUCCCAGACUCUCUACCACUAUCCAUCUCAAGAGAAGAUUGAUCCUAACUCUAUUCAUUCUGACCCUAGAAGCCAGGAAGGUUCUACCAAAGACCUGAUAGAGACGUGUUGUGCAGCUGGACAACAGUGGGCCAUUGACAAUGCUGAAUGCACAGAGAUACCUGUGAGUGGGGCUGAUGGUGAUGUCUGCAGGAUUGCCCAGAAGCAGUGCUGUAUCUCCUACUUGAAAGAAAACAGCUGUGUUGCUGGAAUGGUUGGUGCCAAGGAAGGUGAAAUCUGUGGGCCUGAGGAGAAUGACACCUGUGGAGUCUCCCUGUACAAGCAAUGCUGUGACUGCUGUGCCCUGGGCCUGAAAGUCAAGAGUGAAGGGCAGAUGUGUGAGUCCAACCCAAAUCUGGGAUAUCCCUGCAACCAUGUGAUGUUGUCCUGCUGUGAGGGAGAGGACCAUCUCAUUGUGCCCGAGGUCCGGAAACCCCCUGAGCCUUUGCCCACAGUGACUCCAGAGAAAGUUUCAGAGACCGAGAACCACCAUGCAGCCUUGUCCAUCAACCAGGAGUCAGAACUGUCCAACAGCCUGCCUGGGGAUGAUCGGGAUGAAUGCCUCUUGUAUCCCGGUGAACUGUGUCAGCACCUGUGCAUCAACACUGUGGGUUCCUACAAGUGUGCCUGCUUCCCCAGAUUCACCCUGCAAGAAGAUGGACUCAGUUGCCUUCCAGAUAGUGAAGUGAUGAAGCCAAACACUGGAGAAGAAGGGCCCCUCGCCCCCGAAACCCCCCACAGCCAGCCUGAAGUCAUGCGAAUGCCUCAGCCAGUUCCAAACACCUGCAAAGACAAUGGUCCUUGUAAACAAGUGUGUAACGUCAUAGAUAACAGAGCCAUGUGCUCUUGUUUCCCUGGCUAUGCUAUCAUGGCGGAUGGAGUCUCCUGCGAAGACAUGGACGAGUGCCUCAGAGGUGCUCACGAUUGUACCCGAAGACAGUUUUGUGUGAAUACGUUGGGAUCAUUCUAUUGUGUCAACCAUACAGUGAUCUGUGCCGAGGGCUUUAUCCUCAACAUGCAUAGGAAAUGCGUGGAUAUUAAUGAGUGUGUGACAGACACACAUACAUGCAGCCGAGGAGAGCACUGUGUGAACACAGUGGGAUCCUUCCACUGUUACAAAGAUCUCAACUGUGAGUCGGGAUAUGAGUUGAAAGAAGGAGAGUGUGUAGAUAUUGAUGAGUGUACCCAGGGAACCCACAGCUGUAAAGUCAACUUUGUGUGUCAGAACACCCAGGGCUCUUUCUACUGUGAAUCUAAGCAGCGCUGUAUGGAUGGGUUUCUUCAAGACCCAGAGGGCAACUGCGUGGACAUUAAUGAAUGCACUUCUCUUCCUGAGCCAUGUAAGCCUGGAUUCAAUUGCAUCAAUACUGUUGGGUCCUACACUUGUCAAAGAAACCAGCUUCUAUGUACCCGGGGUUACCAUUCUAGUGAGGAUGGAUCCAAGUGUGUAGAUGUUAACGAAUGUGAGACAGGCGUCCACCGCUGUGGUGAGGGACAGGUGUGCCACAAUCUUCCUGGGACUUACCGCUGUGACUGCAAGAUGGGUUAUCAAUAUGAUGCUUUCAGCAGAGCCUGUGUAGAUGUAAAUGAGUGUUGGAGCUAUCCAGGACGCCUAUGCCAACACGCCUGUGAAAACACCCCUGGCUCUUACCGUUGCUCCUGCUCCUCCGGCUUCCAGCUGGCCUUCGAUGGGAAGCAUUGUGAAGAUGUGAAUGAGUGUGAAAACAACCCUUGCAGCCAGGAAUGCGCCAACGUCUAUGGCUCCUACCAGUGCUACUGCCGGCAAGGCUACCAGCUUGCAGAGGAUGGGCAUGCAUGUAAAGACAUUGAUGAGUGUACCCAAAGUGCUGGCAUCCUCUGUACCUUCCGUUGCCUCAAUGUCCCUGGCAGUUACCAAUGUGCUUGUCCUGAGCAGGGCUAUACCAUGAUGGCCAAUGGACGGACCUGCAGAGACCUGGAUGAAUGCACUCUUGGCACUCACAACUGCUCGGCAGCCGAAACUUGUUACAACAUCCAGGGUAGCUUCCGGUGCCUGCUGUUUGAGUGUCCACCAAACUACAGAAAAGUUUCAGACACGAGAUGUGAACGGACCAGCUGCUUCAACUUCUUGGAUUGCCAGAGCACCCCAGUGAGGAUCACCUACUACCAGCUCAACUUCCAAACCAACAUCGUGGUGCCCGCUCACAUCUUCCGCAUUGGUCCCUCCCCAGCCUAUACUGGUGACAACAUUAUCUUGACCAUCACGAAGGGAAAUGAGGAAAACUACUUUAGUGCCCAGAAGCUAAACCCUUACACAGGGGUUGUCUUCAUUCAAAGGCCAGUCAAGGAACCGCAAGACUUCCUUCUAGAUGUUGAAAUGAAACUCUGGCGCCAGGGCACCUACACCACUUUCCUGGCCAAAAUCUACAUUUUCAUUACAGCCCAUGCUUUCUGAGACAGGCAGGGGUGGACAUUGGGACUGGCCAUGCUCUGCUCUUUAAUCAUUCUACCAAAGUCUAAUUAGUCCUGGGGAAGUGGCUUUCACUGUAUCUGGCAUUUCUAUUAUUUUUUUUAUUUGUUGCUUGAAACAGUAUUAUUAUUGUGUAAAUUAACUUAAUUUUUAUAUACUUGUUUCUUUUCUAAUUUGUUGAGUUUUCCCCUUGAAGUUGUUCUAGAAAAAAAAAAGUCUGAAUGUGAAAUUCUGUUCUUCAGUGACAUCUUUAGCAGAGAAAAAAGAAGAACAGAUUUGGUAGCUAAGUACAUCUUUUAUUGACAAACUGAAAUAUGUCCAAAAGAGCGACACAGGGGUGACAUAAAGAAUAUCUGGCCAUAUUGUAUGAGGGGCAAUUGAAGGACCUGAAGAUGUUAAACUUGAAGAAGAGAAAGUUUAUGGCUUUUUUUUUUUUUUUUACCAUGUUGGAAAGUGAGCAGCUAUUCUUUACCCCUAGUAGGGGGAUUAGGACCAAUGGUUAGAGAUUAUAAAAUGGCAGCUUUCAGCUCAACCGACUUCUAAAUGACUGGUCUUACUCAAAAAAGGAGAUAGACUCCCCCCAGUGAGGCAGUGAGUCCCUUGUCACUAUAAGUGUUCAAAUAGAGGGGAAAUGGCUUGAUUGCUGUCUAUAUUGUAAUGUGCCUUUAGAAGGAGUUAGACCAGUUGGUUUCUAAUUUCUCUCCUAUAAUUCCAUAUUCAGAGUGAAAGAAAUAGCUUAUUCAAUGAAUUUUUAUUCCAUUUACAAUCUAAUCUCCAAGCUAAAUUGUUAUUUAAAUGGGUCUUGAUUAUAUCCUUAGUUGUUGAAACUGUCUGAAUUUGACAAGUAUGCUUUAUUUUCACAAAUCCUUCAUAGAGCCAGGUUUUUGCCAUCACCUGAAUGUGCUAACUCCUCUGAUCAAGGCCAUAAAGUCUCAUUUAAAUGAAUCAUUAACUUUGACAACAGUAAUGUAAGCAAAAGUCAUGAAUUUUCUAAGUAUUCUGUUAUAGACACUAGCACACAAGCUACAGGAUCCAUUAUUGACCUAAUCUAAUAAGAUUAUAUUAAUUAUAUACUGUUGUAAGGCACUAUAUAGCACUAGGAAUACAAUGACUCCCCCCCAAAAAAUACUCAGGGAGUUUACAUUCUGAUGCCAUAUAUGACCAAGACCUAAAACAAUCAGAAUUUGCAUGACUGGAACCAGGCAGUAUACCCAAAGUAAAUGACCAGCUUCAGCUUCUCCUCCCCAGGGUGGAUUUCCCUAGGACCCUGAACCUGGAGGAAGAGCCAUGUGUUUAUUAUAAAUCUGCAUUCUCUUUAGAUGUUUGGACUUUGAUGCUUGAGGACAUAAGGAUUCCAAGUCUGUCCCCACUAGGACUUUUGCUGGAAUUUAUCACCUUAGGCCUGUCAACCAAACAGUAAAAUCAGUCCAGCCCUAGGGUCACCGUAUGUUCAGUUAUAAUGCUCUACUUGAGCUAUGGUCCAAGUCCCAGACAGCAUGGUUCUGUCACCAUGUAUGAUAGAAGAUGGGAGGGAGGUGGGGAUCAUCUCCAGCAAAGCUCUGAAGGAUGGAGGAGAAGGGAAAAGAGGAAAAAGAGAUAAGAAAGAUGUGUUAGAAAAUGGAAUAGGUAAGUGGGGGAUAUUUUGACCUCAAAUAAGAUAAAUGAAAAUCUAAGGUUGAUAGAUGUGUAAUAUUCUUUUACAUACAUACUUUUAUAUAGACCACUAUAUAUGCAAGUAUAUAUUUCUAUAUGUAGACAUAGAAGAUUAGAUUUAUUCUCCAUGGCUCCAGGGAAUGGAACUAAGAACUCUAGGUGGAAGUUGGAGGGAAAUGGACAUCAGAUCAAUAUAACAAUGUGAAACAAUGAGUUUAAUCCAAUUCAAUGUUUAUCAGGCAUCUAUUCUAGAAUAUAAAAUCAGGCUCAUAGACUUGGGGCUUGGUGAAAACCUUAGAGGCCAUGUAGGCUCCUCACCCCACUCCAUUUGAUAAGGGAGGAGCUAAGACCCAGAAAAGAGUCACCAUGACACAAUACAUGAAGUCAAGAAGAUUGGGUUCAUAACCUACCUCUGAUUCAAGUUAGCUGUAUGAGUAGGGGGAAAUAGCCUCUUGUUGUCCCCAGACGACUUUCUGAGUUCAAGGCAAGUUGCUACUUACUAAUCUUCUUCCAUCAACCAAUGAAUAAGCAUUUACUAAGUCCUUACUAUAUACCAGGUAUGAUUCUAAGCAGUGGAGAUACAAAGAAAGGCAAAAACAAGUCUUGCCUUCAAGAAGCUUACUAAUUCUAAUGGGAGGAAACCCUAUGUAAAAAGUUAGGUACCCACAAGACACAUACAAGAAACCAAUGUGUAAUAGUUAGCUACUUAUAAGACACAUACAAGGAAACAAUUUAUAACUACCUAUAAGAUACAUACGAGGAAACAAUGUAUAAGUGGUUAGGUACCUACAAAUAUAUACAAGGAAACAAUGUAUAAAUAGCUACCUAUAAGACAUAUAUAAGGAAACAAUGUACAAAUAGCUACCUAUAAGACUCAUAGGAGGAAACAAUGUGUAAAUAGUUACCUACAAGGCACAUGCAGAAACAAUGUAUAAAUGGUUAGGUACCUAUAAGACACAUACAAGGAAACAAUGUACAAUUAAUUAAGUACCUACAAGAUAGAUGGUAGUAGAGAAAGUUUCCACAACAGAAAUCACCCAUCUUGAUGAAAUCUGAGAUUGAGAUAAAAACAAAUAUACUAGACACUGGAGCUACAAAGACAAAAAGGGAAACGGUCCCUGUAUUCAAAGAAUUUACAUCCCAUGGAACAUUUGUAAUGAAUGUUUAUUAGCAGAGCACUGUGAGAGGUGCUAGGGGAAUUAUAAAGUUUAGACAAGCCACCAUUCCUACCCCGCAGGGAACUCACUGUCUACUAGAAGGAUUAGACUCCAACACUAGCAACUAUAAGACACAAUAUUAUGUCAUCCAUGCACUAGAGAGGUGGAAAACCAAUGCCAGAAAUGGUUUUCUAACAGAAUUUUGUAAAAAUGGAAUGAGCUGUUUUGGGGAUUUCUCCAUCAAUGGAGACCUUCAAGCAGAUGGUAAAGUUUCUGGUCAGGGAAGAUGCAAAGAGGUAUUGGGUUGGGAUGAGACUAGAAACAUCUUCCAUCUUUCUAGUUCUAGGUGUUCAUGCAUAUUCAAUAUACUUACAUGCACUUAAAUGCCUAUGUGCAUGUAACUAUACCUCUAUACAUUUCCAUUUAGCAAACACUUAAAGUGACUUGUGCAUAUAUUCAUGUAGUCAGAAGAUAGUAGUAAUUAUCUGGAAAGGCUCUUAGAGAUCUAAUCUAAUCCUCUUAUAUCAUAAAGAAGGAAACAGAAUCAGAGAGAUGAGUGACUUGAGCAAAGGAAAACAGGUAGUAAAGUUGAUAUUUGAAACCAUGUCUUCUAAUUCCAAAUCAUGUAUGCUUACAUGCAUAUACACAUAUACAUGUGCACAAAGAUAUGCAUACAUGCACAUAUACAUGUAUAUAUAUAGAUACAUUAUCAUAGUGUAGUGAAUAGAGUUAGGAGGACCUGGAUUUAAAUACUUCUAUUGACUAGUAGAUCAGUAUAAUAGACAAGACAUAAGCCUCAGAGUUAAAAAGAUCUGGCUUCAAGACCCUCUCUGGAUAUUUACGAAGAUAAGUCAUUUAGCUUUCUUGUACCCAUUCUCUCAUCUAUAUAAUGAGGGACUUAGAGCAAAGACCUUUCCCACCCCCUUCCCUUUUAAUCCUGAAUUUAUGAACCUAUGAAGAAUCAUUGAAUUUCUGUGAUUCUCUGUUUCUUCAUCAGGAGUAAUACCUCUGGUACCUCACUCACAAAGUUGAUGUGAGACUCAAGUGAGAUAAUGCAUUUAAGUCAUUCUUGUAGACUUUAAAACAUUGCAGACUAGUCUGAUAUCUCUAAUGGUGAUAGGACAACCCAGUUGAAGGGAUAGGGUCUCAUGUUCUUGAGAAGAAACUUAGGAAUUAAAGGGGAAGACUCAUUGCCCAGAGAUGAUAUAUCAAGAAAGGAACGCAAAGACCAUCCUGCUUGACCCUCUCAUUAUAUAGCUGAGGAAAUUGAGGCCCGAAAAAAUUAAUUUGCCCAAGAUUAUACAGGUGAUAAGUAGCAGAGCCUCAGCACAUAAUUCUGUAGGGCAUCACCCUUUAAAUUAUUGCAUUGUCUCAGCAAUUGCUUGCUAACAAACUGGACUUUACUUUUGUUGUCUAUGAAAGAAGGGGAUAAAACCUUGUCUCAGAGUGGGACCCAGGAAGGAAAAUGAGUAGGUAAGCAUCAGAGUUUGUGCUUCUGCUCCAAGACUAUCUGCUACAGGUCUCCUCGAUCUUCUAGUAUUCCCAGUGGCAGAUCUGGAUCAGAAAACCAUAAUUACUGAAGAGCAAGACAAUCUGGGCCUUGGACACACAGUUCAUUCUUACUGUCUUAAAGGGCAUUGGAAGGCAAUUUGAUGGUCUAUGUGUCUCAUCAAUUCUCCUAUGAGAUUUUGGGUGUGAAUAGAUGGUACUAUAAUUAGACGAUCCAUGUUUGUAUGGUAGAGAUCCCACUGCAAAUAACACUUACAGGGAAAGAGAACUGCAUAUUAGAUACUGCCUUCCAAUGCUUCCACCACUGGUGAUAAGCCACAAAAGAUUCAUAUAUAUAAACAUGUACACUUAUGUACACAAAUUUCAAGUUUGGUGUCUUAUUUGGGCAUUCCUCUUAUCUGGAACCAUGAAAAAAAUCAUAAUGACUUUUCUCCUGGGCCUGAAGAAGCUAUGUUCAUAUAUGAAUCUGAAGUGGCUCUAACACUCUCAGAAUAGGUAUACUUCCUGAAAGUAUUUUAGCAUCAGAUUUCAAGCUGAAAGGGAGUUAUGUGUUUAAAAUUUUCUAGACCAACACUCUCACUUUCCAGAUAAUCAUAAUAGCUACCAUAUAAAUGGCUUUAAGGUUUACAAAACACUUUACAUAUAUCAUCUCUUUCAAGCCUCACAACAAUUCUGUGUAGUCAGUGCUAUUAUUAUCCCCAUUUUACAGACAAGGAAAAAUGAGGUUGAGGGGCUAAAUAAUUUGCACAGGGUCACACACCCAAUAUAUGUCUGAGGCAAAAUUUGAACUCAUGUCUUCUUGACUCCAAGUCUAGCACUAGAACUUGGUUCAUUUAAGCAAUCGGUUGGUUGAUAGAUUGUCAUUAAAUAAUUGAUUAGGUUAAUCUUUUCUAAGAUCACACAGAUAUUAAGUGGCAUAGUUAGAAUGCAAACUCCAAGUCCUCCAGUUUCAAACCCAAUAGUCUUUUCAACAUGCCACAUUGCCUUCCUAAGAUCAUCAGAAAUCAGCAACAAUUAGUGACCACUUGGUUCUAAAACACAUUCUGGUUGUUUAUGCACAUUUGGCCAUGAAAAAACCAUCUGCUUAAAGAGGCAGCCAGGAUAACCGGGAUUGCUUUUCUGGUUCUGAACUUUCUUCCCUUCCUACAACUGAAUACCAGACCCCUCCUUAUAUCCAUCUAAAAUUGUUAUGAUAGGAAAAGAUUUCCACCAGCAUUAUAGGAUGAUUGAGUAGCCUGGCCUCCAGCACUCCAGCAAAUCUGCACCACUGGAGAAUCAAUGGACAAGCCAGUGCUUUGUCACUUGGUUACCCUGUGGCAAUGCGAUCCUCCAGGAAUUCUGAGCUCUGCUUUGUCAUCUAUCUGCUAUGGUGAAUGGAAAAAUCAAGUGGAGAAAAUGGCCUUGCAA